AUGCCUCUGCCUACAACCACUACGCGCAAAGCUGAUGCAAGAUCAGAUCUCCUCGACGAGACAUAUCCGAGGCUGCUACCGUCUGAAACAUCGGAGAUUGUCGUCCAUCCCAUGCCGCCGCCCCGUUCUAUCAUGGCAAAAGAGGAGCAAAUCAGAACACCAACAUGGCUCUCAAAAGAAUCCAGAAAGAACUCCAUGAUCUCGGCCGUGAUCCACCCGCACAAUGCUCCACUGGAUCAGUUGGUGAUGAUUUGUACCAUUGGCAAGCUACGAUUAUGGGCCCACCAGAGUCUCCCUAUCAGGGAGGUAUCUUCUUCCUCACUAUCACUUCUCGACAGACUAUCCAUUCAAACCACCAAAGGUUGAUUUCACCACUCGAAUUUGCCAUCCGAACUUCUUGACAUUCUGCGUUUUCAGUGGUCGCCGACUCUGACCAUUUCGAAAGUUCUGCUUUCGAUCUGCUCGCUGCUCUGUGAUCCAAAUCCGGAUGAACAACGAUACCGCCGCUCCGUUCCAUCACGGCAACAAGAACGAGUCUGAAAAUCACUCCACGAUUGUCAUCACCGUUAACAUAAUCGACUAGUACAUUGAAACGUCGAGAAGCUCGUCGUCGAGGCUGUUGCGGCUGGUAAAAUCGGAGAUUGUCGGUCGUCGCUCGGUUCCAUCAUGGCAAAAGAUGACCGCCGAGGAGGUACAAAACCAAAUCGUCAAGAUUUUAUAGUUUAUUGGGAAUAA